CAUUACUUUAUCCUCAGCAAUAUAUUUUUAAAGACCAUGAACUUCGAGCAUGGAGAGCACUACUUAAAGCAGCCAGUUGUCAUGAAAUAACUCUAUUCACAAAUAAUAAAUCUAAGAUUGCACACUCUAUAAAACGCUAUGUUCAUCUUGAAUAUAAUAUUCAAAAUGGAAAUGAUAUAGUAGAUACAAUCAGGGAUAUAAAAGGAACAUCUGUUGCAAAUAUUAACUCUAGUGAACGACCAAAAAAAGCAAAAAAAAUAAUAUCUACCUUGGAAGGCAUUACAAAUUGGUCACAUUUUGUUUGGCCAACAAGCAGUGAAUUAUCUGGUUAUAUCUGCGCACGCUCUUUACCUAAUUUUGGUUCUUGA